CCUCGCAGUGCCAUCCACAGAGUUAACGCACAGUGACAGGCUGUGUGUGUGAAAUAUUGUGUAAAGCGUGUGUUUCUACGUGAAUGUGUGUGUGACAACGUGGAGAGAACCAAAGCCCAUCGGUUGGAAUGGACUACAGCAGCAAUAACACCGCAAUCGAGGAGCGUCUCGAGAGCACCUGAGGGAUUAAAACUCCAACUCGGGAAGAAGUCGUUAAGGUUUUUAGUGCCCCUCUCAUUGCGCGCCCGGUGGUGUUAACGCGAAAACAGGAACGAGAGUAAACACGUGAAAUAAGAAGGGUCCAAUUCAGUUCCAGCUUUCCCGAGUUUGGCGCCGUGACACAGAAAAAACGAUUUCAGUGUAUUUUUAGCAUCCUCUCUUUUCCCUAUCCUCCCAUCUUUUCCUCUCUCUCUGUGUGGAGAGAGAGCAGGAGACGAACGGACCGGGUGACACAGCUGCGAGUCUCACGCCUCUCCGGUUGAUCUCUGUGGAUGUGUGAUGAUGGAUUAACUGUAUUUAACGGGGUCCUACGUAUCUCCGGUAAUUCACGAGACCACCGCCGCCACCUCUCGUCCCUUCCCCUGGGAGCGCGUAGCAGAGAUCCUUGCCAUACCUUGUGUGGAUUAUUUCAACUCUCUUUGGGAUCUUUCUCUCCUGGUAGCGUUCGCGAUGACCGCGGAAUAUGUUUUACGGUCCCUGCUGAUGCUCUUCCUCGCGCUGCUCUCGGCCAACGCCAGUAACUGGCUGUACCUGGCUAAGCUGUCGUCCGUGGGCAGUAUCAGUGAUGAGGAGACGUGUGAACGCCUGCGAGGACUCAUCCAUAAACAGGUGCAGAUCUGUAAGCGCAAUGUGGAAGUGAUGGAUGCUGUUCGGCGUGGGGCUCAGCUAGCCAUAGACGAGUGCCAGUUUCAGUUCCGGAACCGCCGAUGGAACUGCUCCACCCUUGAAACCAUGCCUGUCUUCGGCAAGGUUGUCACACAGGGCACUCGGGAGGCAGCCUUUGUUUAUGCCAUCUCAGCAGCCAGUGUGGCGUUCGCUGUGACCCGGGCCUGCAGCAGCGGAGAGCUGGAGAAAUGUGGCUGUGACCACAACGUCCACGGAGUCAGUCCAGAAGGGUUCCAGUGGUCAGGCUGUAGUGAUAACAUAGCUUAUGGAGUGGCCUUCUCUCAAUCCUUUGUUGAUGUAAGGGAGAGGAGUAAAGGACAGUCCCCUAGCAGAGCACUCAUGAACCUACACAACAAUGAGGCCGGGAGGAAGGCCAUCUUGAGCCACAUGCGUGUGGAGUGUAAGUGUCAUGGCGUGUCAGGUUCCUGUGAGGUGAAGACCUGCUGGAAGGCCAUGCCCCCAUUCCGCAAGGUGGGCAACGCCAUCAAGGAGAAAUUUGACGGCGCCACAGAGGUGGAGCAGCGCAAGGUGGGCACCACCAAGGUCCUGGUGCCACGGAACUCCCAGUUCAAACCUCACACAGACGAAGACCUGGUCUACCUUGACCCCAGCCCUGACUUCUGUGACCACGACCCGCACACACCAGGCAUGCUGGGUACGGCGGGGCGGCAGUGUAACCGGACAUCGAAGGCCAUCGACGGCUGUGAGCUGAUGUGCUGCGGCCGGGGCUUCCAGACAGAGGAGGUGGAGGUGGUAGACAGGUGCAGCUGUAAGUUCCACUGGUGCUGCUACGUCAAGUGCAAACAGUGCCGCAAGAUGGUGGAGAUGCACACCUGCCGGUGAUCACCAUGGAAAUCCCCAAUGGAGACCCAAACAAACACCCCAAUCCCUCCCUUCUCACCUGCACAGAAGGGUGGGAGGGAGGGAGAGGGGGAGGGUGUUUGUGGUUUACCUUUCCCCUGUUUCAAAACCACCCCUAGUCCUUUCACAACAGACCACGGGAACAGACAGACUGAGACGGACAGAGGACAUGGGCGCUCCCAGUCAGUUCAUACAAUGUUAAAGGAAAAUGAUACACAUGCACAGGAUGUAUACAACUAAAAAGACAUAUAUAUGUUUUCCAAGUCACAACAGAGUAUUUUCACUCUCUUCCUCUUGUCUCACUCGCAGUUGGUUCUCAUUGUUUUGGUUGCUUUUGUUAUAUCUUUUUUUCAUUUACUUUCGUUUUGUUUUUUAACUUAUUUGACAUUGUUGUGAGUGAA